CCGCUUCCGGCCAGCCUCGCUCUGGUCCCUGCGGCUGGCGGCCGAGCCUUGUGCCUCCGCCAUAUUGUCUGUGUGAGGCCGGCGAGGGAGGGAGGCGGCAGGCGGGCGGGGGCCGGGACUGCGGCGGCCUCAGCUGGAAAAUUCCGAGCACUCUCCGAGGCCCGCCCACCCACGGCCCACGUUUUGCGUUGACGUUGAAAGCGACGCCGAAGUUGGAUCCGUGUAACCUGCCUCGCCCUGACAUGUCUGGACCGGUGCCAAGCAGGGCCAGAGUUUACACAGACGUAAAUACACACAGACCCCGCGAAUACUGGGAUUAUGAAUCGCACGUGGUGGAAUGGGGAAAUCAAGACGAUUACCAGCUGGUCCGGAAACUGGGGCGAGGCAAAUACAGCGAAGUCUUCGAAGCCAUCAACAUCACCAAUAAUGAAAAAGUAGUCGUUAAAAUCUUGAAGCCUGUGAAAAAGAAGAAAAUCAAACGCGAGAUCAAAAUCCUGGAGAACUUGCGAGGCGGUCCGAACAUCAUCACCCUGGCGGAUAUUGUGAAAGACCCGGUGUCUCGGACUCCGGCCUUGGUUUUUGAACAUGUAAACAACACAGACUUCAAGCAAUUGUACCAAACGUUAACGGAUUACGACAUUCGGUUCUACAUGUAUGAAAUCUUGAAGGCUCUGGACUAUUGUCACAGUAUGGGGAUCAUGCAUAGAGACGUUAAACCCCACAAUGUCAUGAUUGACCACGAACACAGAAAGCUGCGGCUAAUAGAUUGGGGCUUGGCGGAAUUCUACCAUCCCGGCCAGGAGUACAACGUCCGAGUCGCUUCCAGAUACUUCAAAGGCCCCGAACUUCUUGUAGAUUAUCAAAUGUACGAUUACAGUUUGGACAUGUGGAGCUUGGGGUGCAUGCUCGCCAGCAUGAUCUUCCGGAAGGAGCCCUUUUUCCAUGGCCACGACAAUUACGAUCAGUUGGUGAGAAUAGCGAAGGUGCUGGGUACGGAAGACCUGUACGACUACAUCGACAAGUACAACAUAGAACUCGACCCCCGCUUCAACGAUAUCUUGGGCAGGCACUCCCGCAAGCGAUGGGAACGCUUCGUUCACAGCGAGAAUCAGCACUUGGUCAGCCCGGAGGCCCUGGAUUUCCUAGACAAAUUGCUGCGAUACGAUCACCAGUCCCGGCUCACAGCAAGAGAAGCAAUGGAGCACCCUUACUUUUAUCCCAUCGUGAAGGACCAGGCUCGGAUGAGCUCCACCAGCAUGCCAGGGAGCAGCACGCCCGUCAGCAGUGCCAGCAUGUUGUCAGGGAUUUCUUCAGUGCCAACGUCUUCACCUCUCGGGCCUCUGGCGGGCUCGCCCGUGAUCUCUGCUGCCAACGCCCUGGGCAUGCCCGUUCCAGCAGCUGCGGGAGCUCAGCAGUAGAUGACCGCCGCCCGUCUCCCAGACACCUGCCCGGAGCCGGGUCGGGCCGGAGGACCCCGCUCCCCCCCUUCCCCUCCCCCCGGACAGCAGCCACUCGCACUCAGUGCUGGGGGGGGGAGGGGGGAAGGGGUGGGGAUAUGGAAUGCUUUGGAGGAACGAUGUCUGAACAGUUGCUUGUGGAUUUAUAGUAGUUCAGUCAUAAAAAAGAAAAGAUUAUA